AUGAGCAGACAGCCACCUCCAACUAAUGAAACGGAUGCAACGCCCCUUUCUUUGCUUGGCCUACCUAAUUUCUCUACCGAUGUGAUGCAAACCCCGGAAUUCACUUCGAUGUUGCUGCUCAGCACAUUGGGUAUGGCUACGGCUGUGGGAAUCGCCCUCGUACAAACACGCCGAUUGAGGACUCUGCAGCAAACCAUGUCACAAAGGUAUAGCGUACAACUGGCACAAAUAGAGAGCAGAUUAAAAAGAGAUGCCGUGGAGGCAAAGGGGGCAGGAGUCCGAGCAGUUGCGACAGACAUGCUUGGCGUUGUGGACAACUUCGACCGUGCACUGAAAGCGGCUGAAGGUACAGAGACCGCCAAAACCAAAACCGCUUUGCAGUCACUCUUAAAGGGGGUGCAGAUGACGCGUACAGGCCUGUUAGAUGCGCUGCAUAAGCAUAACAUACAGCAAAUACCAGCCCUGGGCACAAAGUUCGAUCCCAACUUGCACGAGGCGGUAUUCCAAUAUGCGGAUAAGAAAUUGGAAGUCGGUAGUGUGGGCUCAGUUGUGCUGGAAGGGUACACGUGGAAUGACCGCGUGUUGCGUGCGAGUAAAGUCGGGGUAGUGUCUGAACCUUCGGAUGACAAGCCUCCUAAAAAAUAAAUAAGUACAACACCUAGCACUUAAAUCUUGAUAUAUGU